AGCUGUUAUUUAUUCAGACGAAGCUCGGGGAGCUGUUUACGCUUUUAUUUACAUUUAUUCUCGUUUAUCGCUCCUCUCGUAUUUCUAACCUGAUCUUUAAUCGAACUGUUGGUGGUUAAAUGUGUAAAUUUGAGUGGGUAUGAGCUCACAGAGCGACCGCUUGUUUGCUAACGUUUCAUUACACAGUUACGUGAUACGACUCGAUGCAAACAGCAAUAAUAAUAAUAACAGUAGUUCAUUUUUUCGUUUAGCGCGUUUAUGUUGAGUUUUGAGUCCCACACUCGCAUCAAAUAUCAGACAACAAAAUUCAACUUUGUGUUUACAUCGCGAUACUUGACGGGGGAAGCUGGGGCGGUAUCCACCGUGGCCUGGAAAGGUCGUCAGUCCUCCCAAAGAUUUAAAAAAGCCGCGAGGCAAAAAAUGCUUCUUCGUGAAGUUCUUCGGAACUGAAGAUCAUGCUUGGAUAAAGGUCGAACAGCUGAAGCCGUACCACGCCCACAAGGAAGAGAUGAUCAAGAUCAACAAAGGCAAGCGCUUUCAGCAGGCCGUCGACGCCGUGGAAGAGUAUUUAAAGAAAGGCAAGGGGAAAGAGCAAUCGCACAGCUCCGAUGACAAAAACAAAUCUGAGAAGGGACGCAAGGCCCACGCCAAGCACAUGAAGAUAAUCGGCGAAUCCGACACUGAUGUUUUCAAGUCUGCUUCUGACAAGGAUCAGACCGACUCUGACCCAGAACCGUCCUCGGUGCAGCGGCUGGUGGCUGGAACGGUCGCGGGAUUCAAGUGGGAUAGCAGUCCGGUAAAGGAUGACCCACAUUUCCAUCACUUUCUGCUCAGCCAGUCUGAGAAGCCGGCCUCUUCGAUGGAGCCCAUAAGCAAACGUCUGAAGAUCGUAGAAGAGGAGACCAGAUCCACAUCUAUUCAAGCUGCAGACAGCACAGCCAUCAAUGGCAGCAUCACACCCACAGACAAGAGGAUAGGCUUCCUCGGGCUGGGAUUGAUGGGCAGUGGUAUCGUGUCGAACCUGCUGAAGAUGGGUCAUGUUGUAACGGUGUGGAAUCGAACAGCAGAAAAGUGUGACUUGUUCAUCCAAGAAGGCGCCAGAUUAGGACGGACGCCGGCAGAGGUCGUGUCCAUGUGUGACAUCACGUUCUCCUGUGUGUCGGACCCGAAAGCAGCCAGAGAUCUGGUUUUGGGUCCCAGCGGUGUUCUACAGGGGAUCAGACCAGGGAAGUGCUACGUGGAGAUGUCCACCGUCGAUCCAGAGACCAUCGUGGAGCUCGCACAGGUGAUCACGUCUAGAGGAGGUCGCUUUCUGGAGGCUCCAGUUUCAGGAAGUCAGCAGCUCUCUAACGACGGGAUGUUGGUGAUCGUUGCAGCAGGAGAUCGGAGUGUGUAUGAGGACUGCAGCAGCUGCUUCCAGGCCAUGGGGAAAAGCUCCUUCUUUUUAGGAGAAGCCGGUAACGCGGCGCGGAUGAUGCUGAUCCUCAACAUGGUGCAGGGCAGUUUCAUGGCCACCAUCACCGAAGGACUGACCCUGGCACACGCGGCCGGCCAAUCGCAGCAGACCCUUCUGGACAUUCUGUGUCAGGGGCAGAUGGCCAGCACGUUUGUGGACCAGAAAUGCCAAAACAUCCUGCAGGGUAACUUCAAACCAGACUACUACCUAAAACACAUUCAGAAAGAUCUCAGACUGGCCAUUUCCAUGGGAGACUCGGUCAAUCACCCCACACCCAUGGCAGCCGCCGCCAACGAGGUGUACAAGCGAGCGAAGGCGCUGGAUCAGUCCGAUAACGACAUGUCUGCCGUCUACAGAGCUUACAUCCACUAAUCCUUCAACAUGUGCUCGACGUUUCUGGACCACCAUCCUCCUGCUCCUCCUCCUCCUGCUCCUCAGCUCACAGUCUGAAUCGUUUUGUCCUCCUGACUCUGGAGCUGCAGCGGUUCCUCUCUCACCCUCUGAUUGUUGCACUGACCGGUUUUUAUACAGCACAGUUUAAUAGUUUUAUUUAGGGAUGCACCAACCCUCUAUUUAACACAAUACUGACCUGUAACCAGACUCAUUUCUUUCCUUCUUUUUUAAUUUAACAUUUUAAGCAGAAGUUCAUUUAUAAAGGCGAUCGGUGGUGAACCGUGGAGCUUAGCGUGGCUCUGUGUUGGAACUCCACACCGACAGGUGAUGAGAAGCGGCGCAGAUCGGACACGAGUCAGAGGCGCCGUGGUGAUCAGACUCUCCUUGAUCAGAUCGGGGUUGUGCAAACAGCAGUGGAUUCUCAAUCAGGAAUUGGAAAUGACUAAAUUCUAAAAGAAAUGGAGUUUAUUAUAAAUGAACUUAAGAAGCAAGGUUCACAUCUACGCAUCUUAAAGAUUAUUAAAUAACGUUUCUGCUCUAACACACACACGUCUGCUCCCCAAAUCAUUAAAGUUGCUGCUAACGAUGUUGAGUUGCUGUAUAAUUCAGUAACGGAGCGUUUCAUGAUCAGCACUAGAUGUUAUUUGUAAGCUUAUUUUAGGGUUAAAACAGGCAAAAAAAAAAUAUAUAGGAUGUUUGACUAAGGGUCAGUUAUUUUGUCCAUGUGUGAGUGGCGCUUUGUGUGUGCUGGUGUGGCACCGGUGCCCUCUUAGCGCCCGUCACAAGCCCAGAUAAUUAAAGGGCUGAUCCGCUCUGGCGCCCCCGGUCGAGAGCAGCCGAACAGAAUCUCCCCCCCCCGUUCCAGUGACACUCGGUAUUGGAUCGGUGCAUCCCCACGUCGUCCCUAACAGGUCAGAACUGAGCCGGCUGGAGCAGCAUGACGUCGCCACUGCAUUGCCUUAAUCCCUAAUCCGAACCCACAGAGACGUAUUUAUUUAUUCCAUCAGAUCAUCAGACUAAAUUGUAUUUUUUCCCCUUUUCGGCUGCGUCCCGGUUUCAUUAUUAUUAUUAUUUAGAUUUUUUAAUGAGGCUUGUUUGUAAUGAGCUGUGAUUUCUGUUUCGGAAGUGUUGGGUCAGUGCUGUGGAUGAAGAAUGUGUGUGUGUGUGUGACUGGUUUACUAAAACAUUUAGCAGUUUUGUGUCUAACAUCCUUUACAAAGCUCGAGCAGCUGUUUGAUUUGGGUCGAUGUUCAUAUCUUGUGAUCUUUUCUGUAUAAGUUAUGAUUUGUGCUUCUUCUUCUUUUUUGGUUUUAAUGUAAAUCUCGUACAGAGACCCUGACCAGCCUAGUGGUGGUGUGGUGUGUUUUUUUUUUUUUUUUUUUUAAAAGCUUUUAAUUUUGAGAAUAUUGAAGAAUGAUUAGCAAGUUUCUACUCGACCCUGCUGAAUAGAUGAACAAUCGUCUGGUGUCUUUAUAUUUUCGGCUCUCUUGUGUUUACUAAUGGAUUGAGUUCGUGUGAAAGCUGAUCACAGAUAUUGAUCGUUUCUUGUAAAUGUGAAAGUUCUUUUUGUGCAGUUCACUAAACCCUUCAAAUAAACAAACUCGUCGUCCAAUCA